CGAUUAUAAGCUCCAAAACAAAUGACACGUCGAGUGAAUUGGAUGUUGGUGCCAGACAAAUAGUAAAUUAAAUAACCCGAAAUUGCACAAAUUACUGUUUCAAACUUAGUUAAAUUCGUGGACACCAUUGCCGAUUAACACCAAUUGUCAAAAUGAGUCAAGUGCCGUGUUACACGAUCAUCAACUCACCGGAUCUCGAGGUGCCGAACGAGAUGCAACUGAAGCAAGACCUCGAAAAAGGCGACACGAAUGUAAAAAUUGAGACGCUGAAAAAAGUGAUUAAGCUGCUACUAAAUGGCGAACGCUAUCCUGGUCUCAUUAUGACCAUCAUACGCUUUGUGCUGCCGGUGCAAAAUCAUACGAUUAAGAAGCUGUUGCUCAUUUUCUGGGAGAUUGUGCCCAAAACAUCAUCCGAUGGCAAAUUGCUGCAAGAAAUGAUACUUGUGUGCGAUGCAUUUCGCAAGGAUCUGCAACAUCCCAAUGAGUUUUUACGCGGCUCCACGCUGCGUUUUCUCUGCAAGCUCAAGGAGCCUGAGCUCCUCGAACCUCUAAUGCCAGCUAUACGUGCUUGUCUUGAUCAUCGUCACUCGUAUGUGCGCCGAAAUGCAGUGCUGGCGAUCUUUACCAUCUACAAGAACUUUGAUUGGCUGGUGCCCGAUGGUCCCGAAUUGAUUGCCACAUUCCUGGACACACAGCAGGAUAUGUCGUGCAAGCGUAACGCAUUCCUCAUGCUUCUCCAUGCGGAUCAGGAGCGUGCCCUCAAUUAUUUGGCAUCGUGUAUUGAUCAGGUGCAGAGCUUUGGUGACAUAUUGCAGUUGGUGAUUGUGGAGCUCAUCUAUAAGGUGUGCCAUGCCAAUCCCGCCGAGCGUUCACGCUUUAUACGCUGCAUCUACAAUCUCCUAAACUCCUCAUCUAAUGCAGUGCGCUACGAAUCCGCUGGCACACUUGUCACCCUCUCGUUGGCGCCCACGGCGAUCAAGGCAGCCGCUGGUUGUUAUAUUGAGUUGAUCGUGAAGGAGAGCGACAAUAAUGUGAAGUUGAUUGUGCUGGAUCGUUUGAUUGCAAUGAAGGAGAACGAGCAUAUGGAGAAGGUGAUGCAGGAUCUGGUGAUGGAUGUGCUGCGUGUGCUUGCCGCACCCGAUAUUGAGGUGCGACGCAAGACUUUGGCUUUGGCCAUGGAUUUGGUGUCUUCGCGCAAUAUCAACGAGAUGGUGCAGGUUCUGCAGAAGGAGGUGGCCAAGACGCAUAAUGUGGAGCACGAGGAUACGGGCAAAUAUCGUCAAUUACUGGUGCGCACCCUGCAUACGUGCUCCAUCAAAUUCCCCGAUGUGGCCAGCCAUGUGAUUCCCGUGCUGGUUGAGUUCUUGUCGGACACCAAUGAACUGGCUGCUGUUGAUGUUCUGAUCUUUAUACGCGAAGCCAUACAAAAGUUUCCGGCAUUGCAACCUCUGAUCAUAAAGCAUUUGAUUGAAGCCUUUCAACAAAUCAAAUCCUCAAAGAUACAUCGCGCUGCUGUUUGGAUAUUGGGAGAGUAUGUGGAGGGCGCACAAAUCUUGGAGGUGAUUGCGGCCAUUCAGCAAACACUGGGUGACAUUCCCAUGGUGGAUGCAGAGCAACGGCGUUUGGCCGGUGACCAGAGCGAGGAACAGCAGCAGCAGCAACAGGGCGUUGUCAACAACACCACCAAUAGCAGCAGCAAGGUCACCUCCGAUGGCACUUAUGCCACACAGAGCGCCUACAGCUUGGCACCUGUUGCCAAGAAGGAGAAGCGUCCGCCACUGCGUCAGUAUUUAAUGGAUGGUGAUUUCUUCAUUGGAGCCGCCCUCUCGGCGACCUUGACCAAGUUGGCACUACGAUAUGCUGAACUACAUCCGGAUGCACGCACACAGAAUCGUCUCACAACACAGGUGAUGCUCAUCAUGAGCUCCAUUUUGCAUCUGGGCAAAUCUGGUUUCCCCACGAAACCCAUAACACACGAUGAUUCUGAUCGCAUCAUGAUUUGUUUGCGCACUUUGAGCGAGCGCACGCCCGAAGCUGUUGCUGUAUUUAUGCAUGAUUGUCGCGAUGCUCUGGGCAAAAUGUUAGAUGCCCAGCAUGAGGAAGAUCAGCGCCUGCUCAAGGAGAAACAACGCGUCACGGCUAAGGUACAACCAGAUUCGCCUGUGAACUUUGCACAGCUCUCGAAUGGACGCGACAAUCAGCUGGGAGAGAAUGUGUUCGAGUCGAGUCUGAAUCAGGCUUUGGCUGGCACCAAGAACGCCCAGAUCAACGACAUUUCUUCGCCCAAUAAUAAGCUCAACAAGGUCACACAAUUAACGGGCUUCUCGGAUCCCGUCUAUGCAGAAGCGUAUGUCAAUGUCAAUCAAUAUGACAUUGUCUUGGAUGUGCUAAUUGUGAACCAGACAAAUGACACACUGCAAAGCUGCACAUUGGAAUUGGCCACGUUAGGCGACCUGAAGCUGGUAGAGCGUCCGCAACCCGUUGUGUUGGCUCCGCAUGAUUUCUGCAACAUUAAGGCCAAUGUGAAGGUCUCCUCCACCGAGAACGGUAUCAUAUUCGGCAACAUAGUUUAUGAUACAGCGCUGAACACAAAUGUGGUCGUACUCAAUACCAUACACAUUGACAUCAUGGAUUACAUAAUCCCGGCUAGCUGCACAGACACCGAGUUCCGUCAGAUGUGGCAGGACUUUGAGUGGGAAAACAAGGUCACUGUCAACACCAGCUUCACCGAUCUGCACGAGUAUCUGAAGCAUCUGCUCAAGAGCACGAACAUGAAAUGCCUGACGCCCGAGAAGGCGUUAUCAGGUCAAUGCGGCUUCUUGGCCGCCAACAUAUACGCCAAAUCCAUUUUCGGGGAGAAUGCAUUAGCUAAUCUCAGCAUUGAGAAGCCAGUCGAUGAUCCAGAUUCAAAGGUGACCGGUCACAUUCGAAUUCGUGCCAAGAGUCAGGGCAUGGCACUUAGCCUGGGCGAUAAAAUUAGCUCCUCGCAAAAGCAGGCGGUGCAGGUCGCCUAAUAUGUGAAUAAAUGCCACUUUACCAUUCUCUAUCAACAUGGAUUUCUUUGCGCCUUGGCCGCGCAAUUUGAUGGUUUUUACUUCAAGUGUCCGCGUCUAUUCCAUAUGUAUUAUUUUAUAGCCAUCUUCUUCUUUGCUCCUGAGGGGAAUUCCUUUAGUUUACACAUUAUUAGCUUAUUAUCAUAUAAAACUCAAUUUAUAAAUGUAAAGAAAUUAAAUAUACACUAAUCGUUAUAAAAAAUAA